UCGUAAUGUCCACGUUACACAGAUGAACAGCUCAACUGUUAAGGUCACUUGGCAGCCUCCUGAUGAUGAGUCUGCUGAAGUAUUUGGAUAUAAUGUUUAUAAGUUUCAAAUUGUGAAUGAAGCUUUUGUUAAUAAUCUACGGAGGGCUAUAGCUAUUGUUGAUCGACAUAAGCUCUACGCUCAUUUAAACGAUUUGGAGCCUAACACAGAAUAUGCCAUUCGGGUAGCUGCCUUCAACAUGAAAGGGGAUGGAGAGCUUUCACAAUUAACCAAACAGAGUAGAAUACUAACCGGAGGAAAACCUCCUUCCCCUCCACGUCCACAGUCAAUCUCACUCGUUUCUGAGCUCAAACCGAUCAAGGCUAGAGUUGAAUGGCUUCCUCCAAAGUUUUUAUUUUUCGGAUAA